AUGACCACGAACGCGACGCGCGGGGGCCGCGGGGCACUCAUUGUCGUCGAAGGCCUUGAUCGAGCAGGCAAAUCCAGCCAAUGUGAAGCUCUUCGCAACUUCUUACAGCGGGAAGGGCAUUCGGUCAAAUACAUCCGGUUUCCAGACCGAACUACAUCGAUAGGAAAGAUGAUUGAUGGCUAUCUACGAGGUCAGUCACAGUUGGAUGACCACUCGAUCCAUCUUCUAUUUUCCGCAAACCGAUGGGAGCUCGCGCAGAGCAUUGAAGCAGAUAUCGCCAGUGGGACCAGUGUGAUUAUCGACCGUUAUUCAUAUUCUGGCGCGGUAUAUUCGGCCGCAAAGGCCAAUCCGGCGCUGUCACUGGAGUGGGCAUGGUCGCCUGAACUCGGGUUACCGCAGCCAGAUCUUUGCCUUUUUCUCAGUAUUUCCCCCGAAGAUGCUGCAAAACGUGGUGGGUUUGGUGGAGAGCGCUACGAGAACGCGACCAUGCAAUCACGGGUACGUGAGUUGUUCAACACCGUCUUUGACCUCCAGCAGGGGACAGAAGCCCAGACGAUCGACGCCGGAAGAUCGUUUGACCAAGUAUCGAAUGAUAUCUCAAAGGUCGCAAUUGAGUGCAUUGCACGCGUGGGCCACGCAGGCCCUCUAGGAAGGUUGACGGCUUUGUCCAGAUGA